UUCCAAAUUCCUCCUCCCCAUCGACUGACUCCUCAUCGUCCUCGCUUCCUUCGCAAUCCCCAGCAGCAGCUCCCCUCUCCUCUCCUCUCCGACAACCCUACCCUCCGCGACCGAGCGAGCUCCGGGAGGCCGGCCAAUGGACGGAGGAGGCGGAUUCAUGGGCCCGCCGCCGGUCCCCCGCUCGCCGGAGGACGUCUUCCGGGAUUUCCGCGCGCGCCGGGCCGGCUUGAUCAGGGCGCUCACCACCGAUGUGGAGAAGUUCUACGUGAUGUGCGACCCAGCUUGGGGACGGCCGGACGGGUGUAUCGCAAACAAUUACUCCUAUGUCACUGCAGAUCUUUCCCAGGAUUUAAGUCGUCAUUUCCCACUAGCCCAUCCUACAUGGAAACAAGGGCAUGCACCUUGGUCACUUGGACAGGCCCUGAGGGCUUAUAUGGAGAAGGAGAACCUAUGUUUGUAUGGACUUCCCAAUGAGACAUGGGAAGUCAACUUGCCUGCAGAGGAGGUCCCUCCUGAACUCCCAGAGCCAGCUCUGGGAAUUAACUUUGCACGUGAUGGGAUGAAUGAAAAAGAUUGGCUGUCACUUGUUGCCGUGCAUAGUGACUCUUGGUUAUUGUCAGUUGCAUUUUAUUUUGGAGCAAGGUUUGGUUUCGACAAAGAAUCCAGGAAACGGCUCUUCACCAUGAUCAAUAACCUUCCCACAGUAUAUGAGGUUGUCACAGGAACAGCCAAGAAAGAGCCCAAAGACAAAACCCCUAAAAACAGCAAUAAGAGUAACAAAACUGGCUCGAAGCCACGCCAAUCAGAACCCAACUCAAGGGCCCCGAAGCUGCCAUCUCCAAAGGAAGAAGAGGAGAGUGAAGGGGAGGAUGGGGAACCACAGGAAGACCAUGAGAGCACGCUGUGCGGCGCAUGCGGCCAAAGUUACGAUGACUUCUGGAUCUGCUGUGACCUGUGUGAGAAAUGGUUCCAUGGCAAGUGCGUGAAGAUCACCCCAGCCAAAGCGGAACACAUCAAGCAGUACAAGUGCCCCUCCUGCACAGGCAGCAAGAGGGCUAAGGCUUGAGUCUAGGAAACCCGAAUUGCCAACAAUGCUCUAAGGAGCCUUGUCGAGUUGUAAGCUAAAGUUCUCAGGUUAGGGCAGCUAUAGAUUCGAAUACCUUGUCCGGAUAUUGUCGGCGUUGAUGCUUGAGGAUCCAUCUGAAUUUAGUGUCAGUACUAUGAUUACUGACUGACUGCUGUAGUGUGUGUGUGGCCCCAAGCAUCUAUGCUCUGUAGUCUACUGAAUUGUGUGCUUUAGAUUCCAACUAUGCCAUGUUUGAUCAUUUUGUCGUUUUAAAGUUAGAUUUCUGCCA